CAUACUAGUGGUUGUCAAACAUUGACCCCCAGCACUGGUCAAGGCAUGCUUUCUCUACAAACUGCAAGUCUAACAUGUUGUUAAACAACAUGUGUGAGACAUUUAAUGCAGUGAUUAGAGAUGCCAGAGACAAGCCUAUUCUAACUCAAAUGGAAUGGCUUAGAAGAUAUAUGAUGAAGAGGAGUAAUGACAAAUGGGAGGCAGCAAAGUCUUGGGAAGGUUUACUAACCCCAUUUGUCAACAAAGUCUUUGAUGGGUUGGAGAAGUAUGCCAUGACAUGUGAGGUUACAGCUUCAAGGGAUGAAAUUUAUGAGGUGAAAUACAAGGAUGAUCAGUGCAUUGUGGAUCUGCAAGAGAGAAAAUGCACUUGUUAUAGAUGGGAGUUGACAGGAAUACCUUGUGUCCAUGCAUUUGCUUGCAUAAUGGACAAAAGGGAUGAUCCUGAGUUGUAUGUGCACCCACAUUACUAUAGGGUGACAUACUUGGCUGCAUAUGAGAACCCAAUACAGCCAAUGCCUGGCCCUAAGAAUUGGGAAAAGGUCAAGCUCAGACAGCCUUUUCCACCUAUGCUGAAAGUGCAGCCAGGAAGACCUAAGACAAAAAAGAGAAAGCUUGAACCAGGGGAGGGCACUUCUGCAGCACCUGAGGGCAAGAAGCCAAAGGUGAAGAAACAAUGCAAGAACUGUGGUGGGUUUGGCCACUUUGCCAAAACAUGCAAGGCUGAAGCAGCACCAGAACAGCCUAACCCACCUGCAACAAAUCCAAAGGGUGGGAGGCCACAGAUGCAGACUCCUUGGCCUAAGGAACAGAGAAAGAAAAGUGAAGAGAAAGCAGCAAGACAGGCUGCACUGAAGUUGCCACAAUAUCAGCCUCCAACAACAGCACAGGCUGGGUCAAGUAAUGCUGCACCUGCAACUGCUGUGUCAAGCCAGCCUGCAACAAGAACAGAGCCUUUGCCAACUCAGCCUGUUACCAGGAGCAACAGGAGCCUCAGUCAGCCCACAAGAGUGCCAACAACUACUCCUCCCAAAGUCAAAAUACAGACCAGGUCCAAGCUUCAUGUAAUGACAAGCAAGAAGGACAAGGAUCUCAAUCAACUGUGACCCUAGGUCUACUCAUUAGUAUUUUGUAAUAGACAACCAAGUUUAUUUGGUAGUUGAACAAUGAUUUUGCACAAAGGUGCCUUAACUUUUGUCUCAGCCAAUGUAAAACAAUUAAAAACAUUGUGUUGCAAGUACUAAUACGAAAUGUGAUAUGUUUCUACCAAAAAGUUCCAUUUCUCAU